GGCGCUGUUGAGAAUGAGGAUAAAUAACAAGAGGAGGAUUGAUUUUUAGGGUUCAAUCAAAGAAAAUUUUAUUUCAACCUAUUAUUGGUGUUUUACACUGUUGGUUGAGAAUAAAGAAUAAAGACUUGUAAUCGCUUGUUGACAUAGUAAAAAUUAAAAUGGCAGAAAAAAGAAAUGAUGAAGAUGUAGCCAAGUCUCCUGUUACACAACAGACUACUAUUAAAAAGAAGAAAAUUGAUGUAUUACUAAAGGCAACAGGUGAUGCACCAAUUAUGAAGCAGAAGAAGUGGGCUGUUGAACCUACUAAGACUAUUGCAGGGAUUGUUGAUUUCGUAAGAAAGUACAUCAAAUGUGAUCCCACAGAAUCUCUGUUUAUUUAUGUGAAUCAAGCAUUUUCGCCGUCCCCUGACCAAACAAUCAAGAACCUCUUUGAAUGUUUUGGUAGCGAUGGUAAACUUGUUCUCCAUUACUGCAAGAGUGAAGCAUGGGGUUGACACCAGCUGCCGGAUGUUAUCAUUUAUGGUGGAUUAAGGACUCUUAGCAAUGAAUGUGUGUUUGCUGCUAACAUCACUUCAGCUACAUGGAAUCUUCAGUGCAGUCAGGAAAUUACCUGUACUACAUGUUUCUAUUAUGAAAGAGUAUAAAAUUGUAAGAGAUCCAACUGCCCUGAUUUUUUAUGCAAGCAAUGAAACAUUAAAAAAAAGUACUACUACAAGAUAGGGGGAGCCCUAAUAGAGUUCGAACCUCGCCUUUUGAAGGACUUAGUUCGUGAUUGUACUUUUUGAAAUAGGAUUACGUUCCAACGCUACCCUGGGAGUUGGACCUUUGCUCAGUUCUAUACUCUUUGCUAUUAUAUGCACUGUUUUUAUACUGUUGAAGAGUAAACUGACACAUGCCAUCAAAUCUGAGAAUCGAAAUUAGUAAUUUUAUUAAUAUUCCUAACCAAUACUUAAGAAUUUUGAACUCAAUUAUUUAAUCAUAAUUGUGGUAAUUUAAAGAAUUAUAACUAUCUACUGUGUUCCCCUUGACAGAUGAAGGGGUGAGGGAAUUCUACUUUAAUAAUAUAUUAACACCUUCCGAUAAUUUAACUCUCCUAUUCAACGUCUGCUUAUAUUGUAAUUAUAACAGUAAUCUAUUAAUGAAGAUUUUAAGCUUGGUUUCCAUACCAUCGCUACAUGCUAUCGCUGAUGCUGAUUGGUCGGUCGAAUCGGGGAGCCUUCCCGAUUGCAUCGAAGUCUGCUACACGCAGUGCAACGAUUGCACUGAAAACACUGUAUAGUGACAGUAUUAGCGACUGUAUGGAAACAAGCAAAUUUGACUUG